CCGCCCAGAGCACCGCCUCCCCUCAGGAUUGUGGAAUGCACCUGAACUGGAUCCUACACGAGGAAGAGAUACACCUGUUCCGGGACAUAAUAAGUUUCCUUGGCAGCAGCAGGUCCGAGGAGAUAAAUAACCAUUAACCCAUCCAUUUCUAAACUAAAUCCCUGUCUAGGAGAAGCAGCUCUGUGACUUCACAACAAUGGACGAGUGCUGCCUGCCUGCUGAGAGAGUGGAGAAACUGAGAGUUCACAAAGAAAUAGAGAGACAACUUCGUCGAGAUAAGAGAGACUCUCACAGGGAGCUGAAGCUGCUACUGUUAGGGACUGGUGAAAGUGGGAAGAGCACUUUCAUCAAACAGAUGAGGAUCAUCCAUGGCAAUGGAUACAGUGAAGUUGACAGGAAAGGUUUCACCCGCCUAGUGUUUCAGAACAUCAUCACAGCCAUCCAGGCGCUGAUCCACGCCAUGAAGACUCUACGGAUCGACUACAUCGAUGACCAGAACAUUAGCCACGCACAGAAGCUGUGCCAAAUAGAGGGAGACAGGGUGUCCACUAUUGAGGCUUGGCAGGUGGACGCCAUUAGGCGAGUGUGGAACGACCACGGUGUUCAAAGAUGCUACGACCGCAGGAGGGAAUUCCAGUUAUCGGACUCUGCCAAAUAUUACAUGAGUGACUUGGACAGAAUCACAGCCCAGUUAUACAUCCCCACCCUGCAGGACAUCUUGAGGGUCCGAGUCCCCACCACGGGCAUCAUAGAGUACCCCUUUGACCUUUCAAAAGUCAUCUUCAGGAUGGUGGAUGUGGGUGGUCAGCGUUCAGAGAGGAAGAAAUGGAUCCACUGUUUUGAGAAUGUCACUUCCAUCAUAUUUCUGGCGGCCCUCAGCGAGUACGAUCAAGUCCUUUACGAGAGCGAGAAUGACAAUCGACUGCGAGAGAGCCUCGCCUUGUUUAAGACCAUCCUCUCGUACCCGUGGUUCCAAGAGUCCUCCACCAUCCUCUUCCUCAACAAAACAGACCUGCUAGAGGAGAAAAUCCUCAAGUCUCAUUUGGCGACCUACUUCCCGGCCUUCACUGGCCCUCAGCAUGAUGCUAAAUCUGCGAGACAGUUCAUCUUGCAAAUGUACCAGGAGAAGCACAGCGGGCAUCCCAAGUCCCUUUACAAACACUACACCUGUGCCACGGACACGGACAACAUCCGGGUCGUCUUCAAAGCCGUCAAAGAUACACUCUUCAAAGAGAACCUCGAGAAGUUCAACCUCGGAUAAGGAGGACAAAGUGAUGGUUUCACUUUUCAGGAACAAGGAGCCUGGUUAAACAGUAACAUGUUUUAUGGACUUUUUUAUCUGUUAUUUGCUGUCCGUUGCAGCCUGUUCAAAGACUUCGAAGAGAGGCAGCGGUGUCAGGUAAGGGACCUUUAUCUCAGCUCUGUAACACAGACAGUUUGCACCAUUUCACCAAGUGGUAGAAAAGCAUAUUUUCUAUUGCUACAGGAGAGAAAUGGUCAACUGUAAUGUCAGUUAAAGGUGCUAUUGAUAACAUUGAUAACAUUCAGCCACUAGAUGUUACGUUCUGCCUCCUAAAUUUUUUAUUAUUGUUGUUCGGACGAUUAAGCUAAUGGUGCCUUCGUGUUUACCGAGUUCGCGAGAAGAGUCCAACAGUAACGUCGAUAUUGCCAUUGCUUAGCAGCGGUGUUCUCACGACUUGACCACUUGAACGCCAAGCUUUUGUGUACACGACUUCUCAUGUUGUAAACACAAGCUCACGAGUUUCAUUUGAAGGCACAAUAAGACAGCUAAUAUGUUCUAACGUCAGUUGUCUAGGUAAAUAUUCACUUAUUCUGCAGCCUGAUGGAGACACCAGUGUCAGUGCGGCUAGGCAUGGCAGAGGCAGCCUCCUUUUUAACACUAUUUAUCCAUUUUUCCCACUCUUAACUGGCAACUACAUCACUGACGACACAAAGAUACCACGUGACACCAACGUUGUUAUGAUAUUGGCUCACAAGCCUUGUUAGAAGUGGGAACCGAAUAUCGGAUAUCUUUCACAGAGAUAAACAAAACAUUCAUUUUGGACCCGCCAAAGUUUUUUUUUUAAAUGAUGAAUUCAAAAUCAGAAUAUUUUUUAAGCCAUAAUUUUAAAGAUAAUUCUAAAAGCUCUGUGGCUGUAUUAUUAUUUUUUAGAAAAUAUUCGUCCACAUAAAAAUGUUAUCAAUAGGACCUUUAAUGGUACUGAACUGUCACUGAGGUGUUCCCUUAAUACCAUUGCUGUUUUAUAGACAAUUAGUAAAUGGUAUCAAACUGGUUCGACGAAGUCUCAUCUACUAAGAAUGCAACUCAGCCUGCCUUACAGCUCUGGGAGGAGGAAGUGAAACAAUAGCCUGCAGGGAACUAGAGUGCCUUCGUUUAUAUUUAUGCUUUUUAUGUGUGCAACAUGUAGCCUAUGAAAUCACCUUUCACUAAAAUGUAAAUAUAAAAAAUGCAAUUUUCAAAA